AUGGCGCCUCACGACCCCCCACACAUGUCCCCCCCCGGGGCACGCCCCCGGGCGUGCCCCCGGACACGCGGUUUGCAUGCCCUCCCAAGACAAUUCCGCUGUCGCCCAGGAGCACGCGCAGGGGGCGUCGCCGGGACUGGGCGCUCCCGCAUGUCCUCGCGGGAGUCGUCGCCGCCCAUCCCGCGGGACCAAAUCCCCCUGUCCUGCACGGGGGCCGCCCCCUAUCCCCCCCACACCCCCUCCCGCGCCGGCCGUCCCGCGAGUCGGUCCGGCUGCUGUCCACGACCGCUGCCCGCUCGCCUCGCGCGAGUGGUCCCCGGCGUGGCGUCACGCGAGUCCCCGGCCGGCGCGGCGCCCCCGGCCCCGCUGCGGCCUCGUCCCCCUCGUCCCAGCCGCUCCUCCGCCGCCCCGCCCUCCGUCGGACGGCCAGCAACCCCCCGGGCGCCCCGCACGCCGGCCCCGAGUCGCCCCGGCUCUCGCGGGGGGAGACCGACCUGUCCCCUCAACCACGUUCGGCUGCAGGAGACGUACAUCAACGUGGAGACCCUAGAGGAGCGGGAGGCCGAGAAGCAGCUCUCGCAGGCGUGGAAGAGGAAGCGGGAAGAGCUCAUUGGAGGCCACCAUACCCGACUGAGGAGAGCGUCCUCCUCACUUCCUCACAAACCCUCACGGAGGCUGUCCUCACCUGCGUCAUCAGCGUGCCCCUCGCCUCGCCUUGCUCCUGGCGUUGCCUUCGCCGUCGUGGUCAAGGGCCUUGGGCGCCCUGUGCAAAGGCCCCCGGCUGCCGCGGCUGCAAGACGUGUCCACCACGAGUAUCUAGCGCCCCCACGACGCACGUUCUCUUGCAAGACAUAUAAUCAUUCCAGGGUGUCGCGGUGCGGGGGCCCGCCUGGGUCACGCCCACAAUUCAACCUGAAAACCAUGUUUUUCUGGGGCCCCUCCAAACCCAGAGGAAGCCCUCCAGAAGUACGUCAGUUCCCUGUUGCGGGCCGCUGCCGCCGUCGGGGGCCGCUGUGGGGGGUCAUGUCCGCCGACUAA